GGGGGGAGAAGAUGGAGACCAGUACAUUACCUGAAGAUGGCGUGGGGACCGAAGAUCAUCGUGGAGACUGCAGAGAUCCCGGCUCAGAGUCUUCUAUAGAUAAACCAGUGAUGCUUAUCUCAAUGUCAAACAUAUGGCUUCCUAAGAGACAAUAUCUUCACAGAUCGCGGAGUGAUUCCUUAUCGUUUUAUUCCUUAUCGUUUUCUCGUAUUGGGGCGGCCGUUGCAAAAUGACAGAUGGUGAAGGAAACAAAAGCAGAAAGCAUUAGACUCUGUAUAACACUGGAUACGGAGAGAAGACAAAACAGAAGACUUUACAAGAGCCAAAAGGAUACUGUAAACGAUGGAGAAUGUAACUUUUCCUGAUUAUUUCACAACGUACAACAACACAGAGGAUCCAGGAGCUCAAGGAAAUGUUUUUCACAUAAUCCAAAUUAUUAACAUAAUCUUAUACAGUAUAACCUUCAUCCUGGGAUUUACUGGGAACGGCCUGGUCAUCUGGAUUGCCGGAUUCAAGAUGAAGAAGACGGUCACCAUUUUAUGGUUUCUCAAUUUGGCCAUAGCUGACUUUGUAUUCAACUUGACCUUCCCCCUCCAGAUUACCGAGUGGAUUAUGGAUGGACAUUGGCCCUUUGGUCAGGCCAUGUGCAAGGUCGUAUUCACAGUUCUGUUCCUGAACAUGUCGGUCAGCACCUCUUUCCUGAUGAUCAUCAGCGUUGACCGAUGCACGUCAGUCAUGUGUCCUGUGUGGUCAAAGAACCACAAGUCUCCCAGGUUGGCAUUAACCAUUUCAUUGACAAUUUGGUUCAUCUGCUUUAUGCUUAGCUCCCCUUAUCUGGCUUUCUUUGACAUUCUUCAUGACUCUGAAAAUAGAAUCUCAUAUUGUAUUCCCCUAUAUGCGGAAGACGAUGAUACGGACACAAUGAGGUAUAAAACUAUGAUAGUCGUCAGAUUUGUCUCCAUGUUCCUCAUCCCAUUUUCGAUCAUAGUAACUUGCUAUAGCUUCAUCCUAUUUCGGUUAAGAAGAACAAGAAGUCUCUCAAGAUCAAACAGACCCCUGAAGGUCAUCAUCACUAUUGUACUCUGCUUUUUCUGUUUUUGGUUCCCCUUUCACAUAUGGCCUUUACUAGAAGUCCUGAAUGUUGACCUGAAUUUCACCGUUGACAUGAUAGUCUCCCAUGUUGUAUACUGCAUCGGCUUCUUCAACAGUUGCGUUAAUCCCAUAGUCUACGUCUUUUUCGGGAGAGACUUCAAGAAGAGUUUAUUCAGGUCUAUUCCGUUUCUCCUGGAGGACACAUUGAAGGAGAAGGAUUUAUCCGAUACUCAAAUCGACCGGACUGUAAUGGAAACUGAAAUGGAAAGUUAUGAUUAAUAGUAAAAACUUAUUUUAAGGUGUUUUUCUAUCAGAAUUGCUCCAAUAAAUAUGUCUUAUAAGGGUAUAUAGAUGUUCUACAUGAUAUUCUUCUUGGGACUUUCUUCUGUCAUCCACAUAAAAUAUUUACAAAACAGAACAGGACCCAAUGCUUUUAUUUAAUAAGUGGCCCUCUACUCAUUACAGUGGC